AUGACUGAUUUAAUAAAACAAUUAGAUGGCAUGUUCACAAGAGAACACCUAGAGAAAAAUAAAUACCUUCUAAAAAACUUGGAUCCAAAUUUGAAUCUACCAAUAGUGGCACUUCAAAAAGAAUACUCAUUAGCAAAGCAUACCAUUGAAGAAAUUUUGGGAGUAAGAUAAUAUAUUUAUAUGAUAGGCUUUGAAGCAAUGUAAAAAUUGCAAAUUGCAUGAAGGAUAUGUGACUCUCUUGAUACCUCCACACACAAAGAAUAUUAUAAUAAAUGAAAUCAGCUAAACAAAUGCAGAUUUCAAAGCUUACCUGAUUGAAAAAUAUCUGAAGAACGUUGAGUGUGAGAUAGCAUUUGAAGGCGGAUGUUGUAGGGUGACAUUUAAGGAUGAUGAAAUUGGAUUGAAGUUUUUAGAUUAAGCAGUGAAUGAUCCAAAAGAUCCAUUAAAGGCAUAUGUUGAACCAGAAAAUGUGUACUAAUCACUUACAAAGAGUUUGGGAUUCAACAAUUAAGCACAAUACUUAUAUCAAUACAGUAAUAGUGUAUAAGUAAUGUAGAUAACUAAAUGUUCUAAAAUUUAUAUAUAAGAAAGGCUUCAGAUGAUGUUGCAGGAUAGACUCAAGCUGAAAAAACUGCCAAACCAUAUUAUCCUCCUGUUCAAUAGCAAUAAUCAAAUCCCAGAAAAUAAUCAGGGUAAGAAAGAAAGGGAAGCGAGUAGGUCGAGCAUUAAGAUAAAAAAACAAAGACUCCAACAUCAGGACCCAAAGAAAUUUAUGUUGAAAAAUAAUCAUUAGAAAAGUAGGAGUAAAACGUAAAAAAUGUUGAGAAGCCUCCUAAGGUGUAAUAGAGUCCAGUAUUUUAAUUAAUUUUAUUAAUAGUAUGUUGAAAAAAAGUCAACUUCAAGAAAAACUUCAGAAUAAAUUUAACCAGCUAAACAUAAGUAUUAAUAACAAAAUAAUCAAUAAUAGAGGAAGUAAAGACAUUCAGGGAUCACCAAUAAGAAAGGCAACAGUUCAAUACAAAAAAGAUAAUUUAAUUGAGAUAUUUAAAUAAAUUUCAGGAAACCUGAAAGCCAAUCCAAAACUUUAAAAACUAAGUGAAUAAGACAGGGCAUUGUUAUUAAGACAAAAUGGUGAAUUAACAUUGGAAGCCAUUCAUCCUACACCAUGUAUUAGAAAGGAAUCAGUAAGAAAUUAUAUUAAAUAAAAUAGUAUGCUUCGCCUUAAUAACAUAUAAAAUAAUCCCCUGCAUAGAUUCCCUAAAGAAAACCACAAUAAUGAUUAUUAAUAAUAAAUAUAAAAA